AGAUGGGAAGACCAAGAGCAGCCAAAUUAAAGAGGGAGGGAAGAGAAGUUCUCAGCCAUGUUUGAGGAAUAUGAAGAAAACAUUCUAUUUUACUCUCCAAAUAACAAGUCGUGUAUAGGACAGGUCACAUGCUGAAUAACUGUGGAGCUCCACAGCAGGAUAUGGAUGGUGCAGUGGAGCUGUGGUAAGGGUUAGGGGCUUGCAUCCCAGGAAGUGUAGACUUGUGGACUGACGAUGCAGGUCGGUGCGUGGCUUCACUGGGCGUCCUGGUUCUAUAUCUGGGCAGCAUACUCACAGAGGUGCAAGUGCCAAGACAUAUGUCCAACCGAGCCAGGACUGGACAACAGGUCAAAGACCCGGGUCAGGGAUCAUGUUCAUCAUAGUGUUGGCCACCAACACGUGCCUUACAGGAACAGGCCACACCGCAGAAAAGGUUCCAGAGUUCAUGCAGAUGAGAUGCCACCCCGCAUUGUUCACCACCCCUCUGAUGUGGUGGUGAAAAUCGGCAGUCCUGCAACACUCUCCUGCCGGGCAGAUGGCAGCCCAAAGCCGACCAUUGAGUGGCUGCGCAACGGCCACCCCCUGGAGACAGCAAAGGCAGCUGGGCAGUUGCAGCCAAUGGUUUUAAUAGAGGGUAGCCUCUUCUUCUUAAGUGUGGGAGAGGGUAGGCGAGGUCAGUCACAUGAGGGUAUCUACACUUGUGUGGCCAGGAACAGUGCGGGGAAGGCCACCAGUCGCAACGCAUCCCUGUAUAUUGCAGUGUUGCAGGAGGACUUCACUGUCCAGCCCAGUGAUGUGGAGGUGGCAGAGGGGGAGGUGGCUGUCUUAGACUGUGGCCCCCCAAUGGGACACCCUGAACCUAACAUCAUCUGGAAGAAGGAUGGCCUGCCCAUCAACAGCACUGACCACCAUUACACUAAGCUGAGCAGGAAGCUUAUCAUCGCUCCUGCAGAGAAGAACCACUCGGGUGCUUACGUGUGUGUGGCCAGCAACACUGUGGGUUUGAGAGAGAGCAGAGCGGCUCGGCUGUCUGUGCUGGCUAAGCCUGUGUUGGUGCUGAAACCAGAAAAUGUGUCGGUGAAAAUCGGGGAGUCUGCCCACUUCUACUGCCAAGCUAAAGGUAACCCUCCUCCUGCCGUGGAGUGGAGCAGAGCGCAAGGGCCACUGCCCAAUGGAAGAUAUCUUGUAAACCCAGAUCAGACUCUCCAGAUCCAUUAUGUGACAGCCCAGGAUGCUGGGAAGUACACCUGCACUGCUGCUAAUGAUGUAGGUGUGGUCACUGCCAGCGCACAGCUACUAGUUGAAGAGGCUGCCAGCACUAAACAGAAAGACCUUCACAAAGAGCUGUCAGCCCUGCGGGUGGCUCUGGAAAACGUCACCAUCAUGGCCCCUGGGUCCAACGUAUCCCAAGUACAAUGGAAGCUCCAGUCCCUCCCAGCCCAGCCACAUUACCUUGAUGGCUUUGAGGUUCUCUAUCGCUCGCUGCUACCUGCCAGCUCGGACUGGGCAGCAAAGAAGGUGACACUGCCCAGCUUCCAGGCUCAGGUGGGCCCCUUAAAGAGAGGGUACAAGUAUGAGUUCAAAGUCCGUCCCUUUGGGAGCAAAUUAUAUGGGAGGGAGAGCAACACCCGGCACCUCAGAGUUCCAGAGACAGUGCCCAGUGCUCCUCCGCUGGCUGUGUCCAUAACAGUGAGCCAUGAGCAGAAUAACACCAUCCACCUGAGCUGGGAGCCACCUCCUCAUGAAACCCACAAUGGUAUCAUCCAGGGUUACCAGGUGUGGUGUGUGGAGUCUGAGGAGCAACAGUACCAAAACUGGACGGUGGACAGUGGCCAACACAACCUCCAUAUCUCUACUCUGAAACCAGGGAAACGAUACUGGCUCACCAUAGCAGCUGUCAAUGGAGCUGGAGUAGGAAUGCUGAGUGAUCCUCAUGGAUUUGUCAUCAACCCACAAACAGGUGGUCCUCCUGGGGACAGCCAGAGACGGGAUCUGUCUCACUACUUGACCCUGUUUCAGGACCCAGUCUUGAUUGGCCUCCUUGGUGCCCUCCUGUGGUGUAUUCUAAUGGUUGCAGCUGUCUGUCUCUACAGACGCCACAGCAGGGCAGGCCACCUGAUAACAGGACAUGGCAGGGCCAAAGGGUUGCACAGGCUGGCCAAUGAAGAUCUUGUUAUAAAACACAGGAUGGCAGCUGCAGACUCCCCGUGGCUACCUGGAGCAUGGAGACCUGCCUUCAGCCAGAAGUAUCAAGACUUAUGGGCCCAAGGUCAGAAGUAUCCAGGGAUCAGGAGCACCAGCCUCCCUGUCUCAUCCAAGAAGGACCCUGGCUUCUUGGACUCAGCGGUCCCCAUCGUGACUGACAGUUGCGGUGUAUAUGGCACUUUUUAUGUGGAUCUAAUGGGCAAUGACCUCAAGACCUUUAACAGUCCUGGACGCUGCCCUAAAAUGCCCCAUGCUCUGCCUUAUCAGCAAGAAGCUGAGACCAUUGAGAUAUUCACUCAGCCUGUUGCAAAAACCUUGUCCCUCGGAAGCCGUGAGGCGCUGCCAUGGAAACAAGCUAUACGGCCACAGCCCAAGAUGGGUCUGCUGAGGGAGUCGUGGGAAAAAAACCACAGCAAGCAAGAGUUGCAUGCUGUGAACAGCGUCCCUCUACUGUCAGCCAGAAACCAGGCUUGUCCAUCUAGUGCCCACAAACUCAGUCACGUGCCUUCAGGUCGACAUGGUGGAGCAGGUGGUAAAGCUGCUGGCUGUCCUCGACUGUUGCAUUACUCUGCGUCAGUACACCUAGUGGACAUGCUGCCCCCACCUCCCUCAGUAUCCAAAGACAAUACGAUGGACACACACAGCAUCACCUCAGAAGAAGGCUCCAGUCACUCAACAAAACUUACCAUGGACAUGGGCUCUAUGCAGUCAGUGUGUGCAGCAUCAGGACACUGUGGGCAACCAGGACCCACCACCAAAGGCAACAAGAGCUGCCAGUCCUACAGCCACCUACCUACUGCAUCAUCUUCCUUGUCACUGGAAGAUGAACACAGUGGCACACUGACAACACAGGAAGCCACAGAGUAUCUGGAGCUCAGCCCUAAGCCAGAGAGAUGCAGCAGUGUCCUGCCUGAGCAGCGUCCGUCCCUGUCCCACCCCUUCUCCUCCACCCUGGACUACAUCUGCAGGCCAGUCUGCUCCCCUCAGCCAGAGGAUGACCCUGCUACUGGGGAGACGCCUCCAAUUAACUUGGGUCGAGCCCGCCUCCAGAGCACACCUUCCUCCUGCUUCAGUGAAUGGGACAGCUCACUGUGGAACACCUGGAGCUCGGUGACAGAUGACAACAUGACCAGUGCCCGCACCAGCCUCAUUAGCUCAGUGGACAGCUGUUACACCAACGACAGUGCUAACUUCGCCCACUUGCUGGCUGUGGCAGCAGAGACCAUGAGUGGAGGCUCUCUGUCAGAUUUCUCUCCACCAGCUUCACCCCUCAGUGCCUUGUAUCCAUCAUUGUGUGCAGAAGGGGAGUCAGCCGUGGACCUGGAGCCUGUUCCUGUGUGGGACUGGAGCAUGGCCUGGGUGGAGGAAAUGGAGGCUCAGUACAGAACCUGCUAUCCUGGCAGAAACACCAGCCCCUUUGACACCUAAGGAUGCUGCUAGGAUAGUGACAGCAGUAACACAACUGAGUGUUGACAACUUCAGAAACAGAACAGCAAGACAAGAAGGGGGCAGACACUGUGCUGCAACAGUUAUUGGUUUCUGUUUCUGAAAGUGCUAGAAGCAGGUUUGAGAUCUGAAUAAUUCUGACAGUAAUAGAUGAACAUCUGGAUUUGAAAUAUAAUCAGAGCUAACUCCUUGAUGUUUGGGACACCUCUGUAGUAGUCUGUCUAUAGUAGUUUUCUCAGUUUACCUCAGGGCAGUUCAGCUGCUAUUUUGUAUCCUUCAAAUGACUUCUAUUGAGUUGCUCAAGUUUUUCCCCUCUCCGCAGCCUCUUCUCUCAUUAGAAAGGCAGAUAAUGAGAUACUUCCCUUGGGAUGUUCUCAGCCAGUGUGUUUUGAAAAGACCAGAAAGGCACAAAGACAGGAUGUGAGACAGUAAGAAAGCAGUCAUUAGGCUGGAAACACACAGUGCCAGAGUUUUCCUCCCAGUACACAUUUGUUUGGUAUUUUCAUGUUUGUUGCAGGAUUUGAUUAAGGGAGAAGUCAGUGUAGCAUAGUGUUUCUGUACAGACUGACUCACUGAUCAAAUGUAAAUAUGCCACAUAUUCUACAAAUGUUAUUUAAUGAAUUUUAAACACAUUCCAAAUCAUUUUCCUUUGGUGAUUUCAUUUGCAUUCUGAGGAUCUUUUAUAAGAUUAUUUUUGUCUUGUGCAUCCUUUAGCCAUAUACAGUUAGCAUUAAACAAAAUAUAUUGUACUAUAGUUUAGAAUAGCAAAAUUAGAAAAUAUUUUUAAACAAUUUAAUUGAACUAACUUAAGGUUUUACCUUUAAAUAAGUUGAAUUUUAAUAUGAAUUCUACAG